GUGGAGUGUGGAGUUCGCCGACCCAGCAUGCUGUGCGAGUCACUGGAGUUCACUACUACUAGAGACACAUGCGUAUAAGUACGGAGCCUCUUAUGGACAGGGCUCGGUGCUGCCACUCUCCUCCAUCAGGGGGCGCUAUCACUUAAGGCAACUUCAUCCAAAGGGCAGGCUAAGGGGCGUUCCCUGCCUCCAAUAUGGCGGCGAAGAAGGUCCCUAGGAGCCAGUACCCCCUGCUGCUCCUCCUGGUGUCAGUAGCGGCCGUGCACCUUCUCACCUGUCCGUACACCAAGGUGGAGGAGAGCUUCAACCUGCAGGCGGCCCAUGACGUGCUGUACCACAGGCUGCAGCUGGAGCAGUACGAUCACCAGCAGUUCCCCGGGGUCGUCCCCAGGACGUUUCUCGGAGCCUUGUUCCUCGGUGCUGUGUCUGCCCCCGGUGUCUUCCUGCUGUCCCUGCUGGAGGUGCCCAAGUUCUACUCGCAACUCCUAGUACGAGGGUCUUUGGGUCUGACGGUGAUUUUUGCGCUAUGGCAGCUGCAGAAGGAAGUCCGGAAGCAGUUUGGAUCUCAUGUCGCUACGUAUUUUUGCCUGAUAACAGCCACUCAGUUCCACUUGAUGUUUUAUUGCACUCGCACCCUCCCUAAUAUAUUUGCCCUCCCUAUUGUUCUGCUCGCUGUUACGUUCUGGAUGAAGCAGAAGCCUGGUCCAUUUAUUUGGUUUUCAGCAUUGGCCAUUAUAGUCUUCAGAUCCGAGCUCUGUAUAUUGAUGGGGCUUAUGAUGCUGUUAUCUCUGCAGAAGGGAAGCAUCACAGUUCUUACAACUCUUCUGCAUGCAGUCCCGGCUGGAAUUAUAUGGCUUAGUUUAACCGUUAUGGUGGACUCCUAUUUCUGGAACCGGCUUCUUUGGCCUGAAGGAGAAGUUCUUUGGUAUAAUACUAUUCUGAAUAAAAGUUCAAACUGGGGCACGUCACCAUUCCUGUGGUAUUUUUAUUCAGCGGUGGUCCGGGCAAUGGCAUUUAGUGUUUUCUUUCUGCCAUUUGGCCUCUUUGAUAAAAGGAUGUGCCUACUUAUUGCUCCAGUUGUGGCUUUCAUAUUUCUGUACUCCUUCCUUCCUCACAAAGAACUUCGCUUUAUCAUUUACACGUUUCCUCUUUUAAACAUAGUGGCGUCUAAAGGAUGUUCAUAUAUAGUUCAGAAUUAUAAUAAAUCCUGGAUAUUCAAGUUUGGUACUUUCUUAGUCAUUGCCCAUCUUUUUGGAAACGCAGCAUACUCUGCCACUUCUUUGUACGUGUCUCAUUUCAACUAUCCUGGAGGUACUGCAAUGGAUCAGCUUCACAGACUGGUGGACCCAUCCACAGAUGUGUCUAUCCACAUAGAUGUGGCAGCUGCCCAGACAGGAGUGUCACGCUUUUUACAAUCUCAUUCACAUUGGAGGUAUGAUAAAAGAGAAGACCUUUUGCCAGAAGAAAAAGCAAUGGCUUCCUACACUCAUAUUAUUAUGGAAUAUGAGACUUCUAAUUUGCUACACUACAAGAAUACUCACAAAAUAUUGACAGAAAUAUCUGGAUUUGAUGGCUUUGGAUUCAAUGCUACUUUUCCACCACUUUAUCUCAGAUUCUUAACAAAAUUAAUAGUUUUACAGAGAACUCACUUUACAUAGUUUAGGACUUCAGUAGGUUUCUCCAGAACUUUUGUUUGUAGCGCAAGUCUAAUUCUCUCUCCCCCCCCC